UUUUAUCCCUGGUUUAGAGUACAGUAUAGAAAGAAUUAAAAUUAUUCCUUAUAGGAAAUAUUGCAUUACAGGAUGAACACAUAAGCAAUGAGCAUUAUUCACCUGUGACCAGUAUUUGUAAUUUAUUAUAAUUCAGCUCUCUAUGUCCUCAUCUUUUCUAGGUCUUAACAACUGAAACAACUUUGCAUCACUCUACAUUCCUAAGAACUUUCUAUUGUUCCUGUGGCAAGCAUAGUCUCAUUCUCUUUAAGUCCAACAUAUUAGCUUUGUAUUUUCUUAAACAAGAAAUUGUUACACAGAGUGUGUUGCCAUGGCAAUCUUUGGUUUCGAGUUUGGAUAUUUGUUUAUUUUAACUUAGAUACCAUAAGAUGUAAGAAGCCAAAAUGCCAGCUAUAAUUUUGAAAUCCUUAUGUCGAAUCAUUGACCCCUUCCAUUUUAAACCCUAUUUCCAUACGAACUUUGAGGCAGCUCCAUUGUGGGGUGGGAAGGACCCAGAUAGCAAACACCACAAAUUCCCCUUAACUGGAGUCAUAUUGUAAAGCAGAAGCUCCAGGCCACAGCCUGCUUGUGCUUGUACACCUCUGGCACAGCUGUAGAGAACUGCAGUAUUGAGGUGAAUAGAGAACAAAUGGGUCUGCCUGGGGGUGGAAGCACCAGAAGAAGUAGUAGCAGAAUGACUGCAAGACAUAGGUGACAAUGACAGCUAGAUUAGCGGGUUACCAAGAUCCAAACACAUCUAUCUGCAGCUUCUUAGGGCACUCAGAUCAGGAGAAAGAAUCCAAUGAUGAUUCUUAAGAACAGGACAGGAUGGAGAGACUAAUCAGUGUCAACUCCUAAAGGCUAUAUAGGGCAUUCUCAAAACCUGCACACAGUCACCAACCUAAGAACAACUCAGAGAAUUAUGAAGACCCAGCAACUAACAUUCCUUGUUGUCAAUAUCAUGGCAAAGAAUCCUAGGCAGAUCAUUUAGGCACAAGAACCUUGGUGGUUGUGAGAAGAUGAGUCACAGAGUAUAUGAGUGUGACUGAGUGAAAUCAGUUUUGGUUUUGAAUGAAAUUACCUUUCUCCUGCUUUACUACACUGGUUCUACACUAUUGCAAUAUUAUUUCCCAUGCAGACUUGAUUGCCAGGCAUCAAGUCAAAUUAAACUGUCUCCUUUCUGUUUCUCUCCCUGUAGAUGCCAUGUGAAAGCUGCAUGGAGAGGGGCAAUAAGAGCACUGAUGCAGCCUUGGAGUUCCUCUUGCUCGGCUUCUCCGAGUUGCUUUUUCUGCGAGUCCUCCUGUUCCUUAUCUUUCUCAUUGUUCAUUUGGUCACAUUGGCAGGGAAUGUGAUGAUCUUCAUGGCAGUGGUUAUGGAGCCUUCCCGUCCUCCCAUGCUUUUUUUCCUCUGUCAUCUCUCUGUCAUUGAGCUCUGCUAUACCUUAGUCAUCGUUCCUAAGGCGCUCCUCAGCCUGAUAGGGGUGGAUGGCAGGGCCAUUUCUUUCACAGGCUGUGCUGUACAGAUGUACCUUUUUGUGGCACUCGGUGGGGCUGAAUGCUUCCUCCUAGUAGCCAUGUCCUACGACCGUUACGUUGCUAUCUGUCAGCCACUUCACUACGCAGCCGUGAUGAGUGAGGGUCUCUGCCUCAGGCUGGCCAUGGCAUGCUGUCUGGGAGGCUUUGCUGUUGCCCUGGGGUUGACAAUGGCUGUUUUCCGCUUACCUUUCUGUCAGUCACAUCGCAUCAACCACUUCUUCUGUGAUGUCCCUGCAGUGCUCCACCUGGCCUGUACUCAGAGUUACAUUCAUGAGCUGCCCUUGCUGGCUGCUUGUGUACUCCUGCUGCUGCUACCUGUUCUCCUCAUCCUGACCUCAUAUGUUUGCAUUGCUGCUGCUUUAUUACGUGUUACCUCUGUGGGAAGAUGCAAGGCCUUUUCUACCUGCAUAUCACACUUGGCCGUCACCUUGCUACACUACGGUUGUGCCACCUUCAUAUACAUUCGUCCGAAGGCCAGUUACUCACCAGCUCGAGACAAGAUGGUGUCCUUGGUCUAUACCAACAUUACUCCAUUACUGUAUCCCCUCAUUUAUAGUCUGAGGAACAAGGAAAUCAGAGGGGUCCUCAGGAAAAUGUUGAGGAGGAGGAAAAUAUCUCAGCUGACGCGGGAUACUAACAGCGCUGUGAUAUGUGUGUGGUAAAUUUUAGUAGGACAAAUGUGUGCUUGCUGGAAAACAGCCCCAAAGCCACAUUAGGACCAGAUUCUCCAUAGAUUUCACUACAGCAAAU